AUCAUUUUUUUUUCACAAAAAAUAUAGUUUAAAAGUGUAUUUUGAAUUAUCGAACGAACGCUAAUAUUGUGCAAGGUCCAUUAUACAAAAAAUGAAUAUUCGAACCAUGUUUAGUACUUUUAAAAUGAAGAAUGCAAAUUGUCACGUGUUUACAAACCGGUUAAAUGGAAUUUACUUUAUUCACAAAAUAUUGAGGAUAAAAAAAAAUGUCUCUAAUAAAACCAACACCUGUCUUUGGGGAGAAACAAUCACCGCCACCGGAAUUUAAGGAACAAUUUCUCUUUCUCCUCGAGUUUUAUAUUUAUGAAAUUCGAGGGGAGCGUCUGGCAAAAUUAAACCAAAUGUUCUUUGUACCGACUUGUGUCAACUUUCAUUUCCUUGAUUUUAAGGACAACGAUCUUGAAAUAACACCAGUUAAUUUAAUGUUCGAGCCACAAAUUGGAAUAUCCGAUGAUGUUGAAUAUUUUUAUGCUGGACGUUCAGUUAUGUUUUCAGUUGGACAAAAUGUGGUGGCAAAAAAAAUGUCUGAAUUUAAAAUCAAAUUGAAUGUGAGAAAAAAAAUGCCUGAGCAAAUAAAACCUGAUGUAUUCAUUGGUGAAGGUGAAAUUGAUAUGACAAAGCAAUUUGCAGCGUUGCGAAAAGAAAUGUUUAACUGUUGGCACGUUGGCGUACCACCGCCGCAAAUUUUCGAAAAUGAAAUUCCUCUUUUUUUCAAAGACGAAACAAUUGGUGGGAUUAAAGUUUUCAUUCGACUAUCAUCCUAUGGACAGAGUAUUACAACUGAAUUUGAAGCGCCAACAACGGGGGAGAAAUCAUUUGUCUUCAAGGGAAAUAAAAUCAAUGAUAAGAGUUUAUCGUAUAAAUGUCGAAUUAUUGACUCGAGGGAAAUUGAUAUUUGUGAAAAUUCCGAGACCAGUUCAUCAAAAGCAUCGUUUCAAAAUCGCCAUUUGUGCGCGCCUUGUGGUUUAAAUUUUGCGGUCACGACAAAAUCAUCGGGAGCUUCUUCAAUGCAGACGAAAAUUACAGGAAAUGACGAUGCAGCGAAUUGCAAUAAAGAUAAUUCUAGGAAACAAAUUGGUCCCAUUCAGUCGAGUAGGGGACCAAGUCAACCUUGUGGAAAAGCUGUGGUUUUAAAGGUUUCUGGUCUUUUGGACGUUGGCGAUGGUAAUAAGCAACCGACAGUUACCGUUGCUCCCGAAUCUGAUGCAACGAAUAAUUGUGAUCCCGAUCAUGAUAUAUUUAUUCUGAGAAUUGGUAAAAAGGGCCUCGUUGGUCCCAAUGAGAAGUCGGAUCUUCAACUUGAGAUGAAAACCCCAAAAGGUCCAGAGAGAGGUCCUCCGGUUAGAGUCGAGACACGUGAGGCGCAGACCGAGGAAGAAACGUCGUCGGCUCCGAAAAAAGUCAAAACUCCCAAAAAGAAGAAAAAGAAGAAAUAAUUCUUUUCUAUUUUUUCAUAAUUUGGAUAGAAAAAAGAAGAAAAGGGAGAAAUAAUUCUUCACUAAUAUUUUUUCACAAUUUGAAUAUUAGAAAUAACGUACGAUUUGGAUAAAAAAAAAGAAGGAAUAAUUCUUUUCUAACAUUUUUCACAAUUUGGACAGAAAAACGAAGAAAAAAUCUUUUCUAAUAUUUCUCACAAUUUGAAUAUUAAAAAUAACAUAA